GUUCAGUUAAGACUCUUUCGAGUAUUCUUUGUUUGCUGUAGGGCAACAGCUGUAGAGUUUAUCGCGUUUUUGAAACUCAAGUUAUUUUUAUAUUUCUUUCCCCUUUCCCCUUUGUCUUUUUUUAUUAUUAUUUUCUUCUUUGUAUUAGCCAAUGAGCAUAGAACCACAAACUUUGCUUGAAUCCGAGGUGAAUUGUUACUCCCUUGAUGCAGAAGGGAAGUACAUGAUGAUGAAGAAAGCUGAUCCCAACCUGCAAAUUAUACACAUAUUUGCAAAGAACAGUAGGAGCAAAACAGGAACGUCAGAGUCAAGGACAACAAAUAAACGAAAGGAAGGCUCGUUUGAAAGUGAUAUAAAUGAAUCAUUUUCAGAGAGGCCCAAAAAGAAGCAUUAUCGAGCCGCAUCAACUGUAGACGAUACAGAUACGGAGUGUACUUUGAUAAUAGGAAAGGAAAGAUCUCUCAGGACAUCAUUUACUUGUCAGUAUUGUGCUCACUGCGUACCUAAAGAACUUUCAACUAUUUCUUUCCCCAGCUUAUCCAACAUUAAUAAAUUAACUGAUAAAAUGAUCGAAUACUGUGACUCUGACAUAGACGAACGCGAAAGAAGCCUUUUUAGUCCAUUAUCUGAUCUUUCACAACUAUCAGAUAGUCAAGAGAUGAAUGAAGACGAUGAUCAUGAAAAAGAGGAGCCGAGACGUGUUUUACGUCCAAAGAAACCGGUUAUAUACAGAACAGAGACGCCAUUUAAAGAACUUAGAUUGUUUAGAAGAACGUAUACAAAGGAAAAGAAAAAGUUGUCAGAAACAAAGAACAACAUAAAAGAGCCAAGUACAAAUAAUGACAGCGUGAAAGAAACUGAUACAAGUAAUGGCAGCGUAAAACAGACACGUACAAAAAGGAAUGAUAAAGCAGAUAUUAUCGAAUGCCCUGAAAAGUUGAUUCGUGAACGCGGAAGGAUUGAUAAAAGUGAUAUUCAAGUGCAUAAUUGCUUGCUUGGAGAAGGACAAACGAGUCUUGUAUAUAAAGGAAAAUAUAAAAACUUGAUUAUUGCAUGUAAAACAGGUCGAAUACAAUGUUUAAAGGAGAAUGAAAAGAAAGUCAAACAUGAACUUGAAUUUUCUAAUAAGCUAUAUACCUGUCGAUUUACAAACAGGUACAUCGGUUGAAUAUACUGUCAUCCAAAUGAAAUAAUGAGCAAGGACACCAUGAAAAAAUAUACUCGCUCCAAAUUCAAGCCAUUACCUACAAUCUUUGUCAUCCAACGACACUUCUCUAAUAGAGAUGGUAGAACUUACUUUCAUAAUAGAGGAACAAACAUACAUCCAUAUGAGAUACUUCAAAUAGGCAUCUGCUUGUUUUCUGCUUUAGUAGAUGCGCAUAAACUUGGUAUAGGCUUUGUCGAUCUAAAACUUGAAAAUCUAUUGAUUGACUCAGCAGGAUCUGCUUAUCUUUCAGAUUUUGAAUCGUGCAUCGAAUUCAAUGGUCGUGAAAAUGUAC